ACUCGAUGUAAGAUGUUUCAAUCUAAAAUAACUUAGCCUUUCCCUCAAAAGUCACAUGAAUGUGCCCUUGAGUUGACUGAAUUGUGGAUUACAAAUUUAUUGUUAGAUUUAAAUUAUAAAUUUAUUAAUGGGAGCUUCGCUUGUAGCCCUGGCUAAAUCUAUAUAUUAGCAAUAAUCAAGAUGUCUUGUUCUACCAAAAUCCAGCAUCAAACCUUUACUGCCCCGUGGGUUGAACGAAACGACAAUUUUCCGACCUCGGCUACUGGACUAUUUAGCCGGGAAUGACUUCUCUGAACGUGCAUGGUACGCAAGCUGAGGCUCAUUGCGAAAGAAACCUCAAUUGCCAGCUGUGAAGUGUUAGACGAAAAAUAUGGUAUCGCUGUUCAAGGAAUUUUUGUUAUAAAAGCUAGUGCUGCUAGUCUUAAGGUAACAGACUUGUUGCUUGCCUUCGCUUUUUGUGAAAACUCAGUAAACCAGGAAAACUGGUGUCCUCUCUCGCUGGCUGUUUGCUGUUUGUUAAUUUCGAUUAAUAAAUUUAGCGAGCUAUUCAGACCUGCAGUAAAACAACAACACAACGAAAGAGUACUUACCCUGCGAGCAGUGGUUUCUUCAGGCCGGACGCUACGAUUCGAUGGGAAAGAAACCUCUGCCAGCAACCGUUUGCUGUUCCAUCGAGCAUGCACGUCCACGUGAUGACCACGAAUAUCCAACCAGAAGACGGCAACGAGAACUUCAACAAAACAAUAGGUUUAAUAAGCAAAACGGCAACAUUGCUCGGUGCAUCACGCUUUUAUUUUUGCAUUUCUUUGCCAUUUUUGCACGACUACGACGUGAAGAUGCCUAAUUUUGCGUUUUAUGGAUAACGUAAACAAGCAACGACCAAAUUAUUCUCCUUUUCGCUCUUAAACGUGGAUAUGGUCCCUUGGAAUUCAACUGCAUUUGGGUUCGCCUACAUUUGACAAAGUAACUAGAUAGGAGUAAAUAAUCCAAAGAAAUACUGAAUAUUCACAGCAGGCUCGCGUUAAGGCAGCAAUUGUAAGCGUAAGCAAAUUCGCGGGAGCCUAAACUUGCUUUCAAACAGGAUUUACAUGUUUAAAGUUAAUUUAUUCGUCCAUACCGCUGGACGGCGGCUCGAUCAAAGAAGCCGACAGAUGCUCGCAGUGGUUUCUCUCCCUUCGUAGCGUAGCGUCCGGCCUGGAGAAACCACUGCUUGCAGGGUAAAGAGAACUACAAAGUGUGUCUGUAAUAUUGUUUUUCAUUUUGCAUGGGUCAGUUGAGCAUGCAGUUUUAGUAGUGUCGUUUCGUGUUUCCAAAGUUGCAGAUAAUAUUUACCCGGCUUUAUAUAAAAAAAAAAUUCAGACGGUUGUUUCUAUUAAAUUCGCAUAUUGCAAGUGUACUCAUGGGACUAAAUUAAAGGUAGAACUUGUCUGGUUUGUUCUGAGAUAAUUUAUAUAUCCUUUGAAAAGCUCGCGUUAUAUGUCUCCAAGAUUUUUAAAGAUUUAUGUACUGAAAAUCGGGGAAAAUUGCCGAGGAAAAUAUAAAGGCAACAGAAAAGUAGAAAUUUGAGUAUUUUAAAUAUCGAGCGCGCCUUGCCAAAGUAUUAAAACUAGAACAUCGUGUCGCCGUCUUUUCGAAAACUUUUUACCUUCUACGCCAACAGAAAUAACCUUCAAGAUCUCCUUUAAUCUCGCAAGAAGUUAAAUUUGAUUGUACUGACUGUUUUAUUUUUAGCUGAAAAAAAGAUGAAAGCUAUUUUGUUAUUCAACCGGUUAGGAUACCCUUUCCCGAGUGAGAGGUCGUAGGUCGCGGGACGUGGGUCGUGGGUGUGGGUAAAUGUCGUGGGUUAAAAAAGUAUAGAAAAAAAUGAUAAAGUACAGUAAUUGAAAUUGUAUAUAAAUACCCGGAGUAGUCAAUCGAUAAGAAUCGGUAUCGAUAAAAAUCGAUAGCAAUCAAGUGAUCUUUAUCGAUUGAUAACGGAAAUCAGUGAAAAUCGAUAAACUAAAUUGCUGUGUCAAAUCGAUAUUAUCGAUUUUUCAUGAUUUUAACGAUUUAAAUCGUAAGUCCGACAUUGUUGUUUUUUGGCAUAAGUUAAAUAGUAGAGCUGCGAAAACACAUCCACGAGUAACAACUGAUCAACAAACAUGGAAAUCAGAAAUGUGAAAACUAUUACAGACACAAGAUUCUCUUUAAAACCGUGACUCUUUUGUACAAAAUAACAAAAACGGUUCGGUUUAAUUACUUUCGCAGUUCUCGCAGGCAAGUACCACGAGAAAUACAACCUCACAUAAAAAGAUUUCCCAGCCUGAAUUUCCGACAUUCUCUAGAGUCGAAGGGAUGCCUGAAAUUCAGGCUAAAAGAUUUCCCUGGAUACCGUAAAAUUCCGAAAAUAAGCCCCGGGGCUUAUAUUUUUCAAAAGCCCUUUUUGAGGGGCUUAUAUUUGGAGGGGCUUAAGUACGAAGGGAAAUUAGCGUUUCAAAAUCGAUUGGGCUAGCUUGUAGUGGGAAGGAAAUUUACCAAUUUUGCUUGUAUUCGAGGGCAAAUUCCAAGUACAAGCCCCCAGGGCGCUUAUAUUCGGAGGGGCGAUUUAACGGAGGGGUUUUUGCGUUACCAUUUUGGGGGGCUUAUAUAUGGAGGGGCUUAUUUUCGGAAUUUUACGGUAUCUAAAUGAUAGAACACAACAAAACUGGGAAGAUAUACAGAAAAAUCGCAAUGAGGCAGUUAGGCAAAGAAGAAUUGCUAUACGGCAAAAUUGGAAGAAACAGACUGAUUACCUUCGAGAAAAUCCGAGAAAUUUUUUCCAGACUUUUCAACCGUUCCUUAGAUCUGGGAAAGGGGUAAAGGAAUCUGUUAAUAACUUAAAUGUUGAUGGAAAAAUCAUUAGCAACCAAGAAAUUGUUGCGAGAUACUGGCAGAUCACUUUGCAACAAUAGCGGAUGAGAUCGGGGAUGUUUAGAUCAGAAACUCCUCAGAGAACGAUUUUAAUAACCAUCCAAGCACUCGGCAAGUACAACUAGUGAAUUCCUCAGAACCAAUGAUAGAGUCUAAACCAGUAGAUCAUGUGCAAGUUAAAAAAGCACUACUUAACACUUAACACGAGAAAAGCAUCCGAGUGUGACAAUCUGCCAUCUAGAGUACUAAAACUUGCUAUACCACUGGCGAAUCUUAUUAUUCGUGCAUUACCAAUGGUCAAUGGCCAAGCAGCUGGAAAAAGGAGAAUGGACGCCGGUCUUUUAACCUGAGAUCAGCCUCUAUUUUCGUUUCGCUUUGUAAAUAACAUUCCGGCGGGCAAGGCGAAACGAUAAGAGAGCCUUGUACAAACCUUCCACGAAACGUCUAAACGUUUGCCGCCCACUUUUUUGACUGAUUGACAUUUGCCGAAUCAGCCAACCAAAAUUGCUUCUGUUGCAUCAGUAUGCAAAUUUUUUAUACAAGGGGAAAAAUGAGUGUAGCUAAAUGUCGUGGGUCGUGGUUCGUGGGUGUGGGUAAAUGUCGUGGGUAGAAAAGAAAAUUAUUUUUCCAAAUAACUUUUCAUGAGCCGAACCUAAUUCGAAUUAAGGCCGACCCAAAUUAUUUAGACCGGCUGAAUUGGUUCAGACGCCGAUCUUAAUCCCAGCCGAACUAAAUUUAAAAGGAGAAAAAUGUUCACUUCGGUCAAACUGCUGACAAAAUACUUAAUAAUUUAUGCAUUAGGGUCGGUAUAUGAAAAGUUCGGCGUCUGAAUCAAAACCGUUCCAAAGUCACUCCAAAGGCCAAACUUCCCGGCCGGGCUAGGCGAAAAGAACGGCUAAGCCGUUCCAAAUUAAUACAGGCGUUCCUGAUUGAUUUAGACGCCAAACUUUUUAUGUACUUAAUUCAAUGUACUAGGUUCGGGUCAUGAAAAGUUCGGCGUCUGAACCGGGCCUAAGAGACCUAAAACGUCUUUAAGAAAGACUUCUAUCCAAAAAUAUGAAAUACCGCAAAAUUCCGAAAAUAAGCCCCCCAUGUAUAAGCCCCUCCAAAUAUAAGCCUCCCAAACUCGUAACGCAAAAAAUUCCCCCGGUAAAUCGCCCGUCCGAAUAUAAGCCUCUGGGGACUUGUACUUGGAAAUUGCCCUCAAAUACAAAAUAAAACAAAAGCAAAAACAUAUAAAUUUUGUACUUGCCAAAGAACUAUUACGUGUGCCAAAUGAUUGCAGUCAGAAAGUGUCAUUGUUUAUUGCUGUUAGCGUAGUUCCCCUUCACUCUUGGCUUAAAUUUCCUCGGUAAAUGUAGACAAGAUACUUGCAUGGCUGUGUUUUAGAAAGGUCUACGUCCUCAAGGCAAGUGUCAGUAAAAACUUUCUGUACAUUACUGAUAUAAAUGUCCUUCCAACUGUAAGCUUGCCCAAUCGACUUUAAGACGCAAAUUUCCCUCCAAGUAAAGGCCUAGCCGAUUUUGAAACGCAGGCUUCCCUCCGUAUAUAAGCCCCUCUAAAACUAAGCCGCUCAAAAGGGGCCUUUGAAAAAUAUAAGCCCCGGGGCUUAUUUUCGGAAUUUUAGAGUACCUCUUAAAUGCCUUUCUCUUUGCUCGGAUUGCGUUUUUCCAUGCUGUCUUCAUGUAGGUUAUGUCUUUGUUGCUUACUCGCUUCUCCUUCUGGUCGUCUACAUCAUCAAAUAGGUUUCCAACAUGCCAAGGUGCCGCAAUUAGGAGAUUUUCGUAUUUUACAGGAUCAAAAUUUGUAUAACUUCUGAAGUUAAUAAUUUUGCGUGAGUGUUUCUUCGCUUUUUCUCACAUUAUACCAUAAAUGAGCCUAUGGUCACUUAGAGCAGGGUCAAAAACUCUACCUCUAAUAAACAGAUCUGGUCUGUUAGUUAGCAGUAAAUCAGUAAGCGUUGAUGUUGUUGUAGUUCCUUUCCUAUCCAAUCUAGUUGGCUGCUUUAUCAUGCUUCAUUUCUAAAUCCAGAAGUAAUUUGCCCUCUUUUCUCUGAGGCCUUAGCCUGUUUAGGUUAAGGUCACCAAUGCCAGUCACCGCGUCCCUGUGGAAGUGACGCCCAAUUACAAAUAUGGUUCAGUUCUUCCUCUAACAAUUGCUGGUAUGCUCCUACUAAUUGUCUAGGCAGUCUGUAAAGGCCAGUUAUUAUGAUGUUUGUCCUGCCGAUUGUAAUGUCGAGUAUGAUUGGCUCUAAACACUGGUAGUGACAGUCAGUCUCUGAUCUCUUACAGGGAAUGGCAGUAGAGAUAGGGGCCAAGAUGCCACCACCACCUUUUCUCCUAUCAUUACGAUAUAACGAAUAACCAGGCAGGCUAAAUUCAUCAUUAAUCUUUGUUUAAAUUCUGUUUAUGAUGUGCGCUUUUACGGUUUUAUUCAUGUCUGUCGAUUCUUCAAAUUUGUUUUGGAUGCUAUUAAUGUUCAAAUGACAUAGCAUUGUUCCUGGUGUGUUGAUUGUCCCUAAAGCUUCAAGCCCCUUGUACAAUGCAGAUCAAUUUGCAUAAUAUUUUUCAGCGUAGAUAUAACACGUUUUGUGAGAAAGUCACUGAUAUUAGGUUAUGGGAUAGCGUGCGUGGCAGGCGUUAAAAGGGGAAGGGGAAGAGGAAGGGGGGAAAAGUGCCCGAAUUCCCCCCUCCUCUUCCCCUUCCCCUUUUAACGCCUGCCAUGAGGGCCAGUGAUGAGAAAUAGACAUCAAAAAGCAUUCUACAUGGUUACUAUACUCUAGCGUGACUUAUUACCAAAUCAAUGAGAAUGUUAAAUGUCAAUCACUUGAAGGUGUUGGAUCAGGCACUUCUCAGAUGGGACAGUCCACUAUAAGUGGGGAGACACAAACAGCUGGACAAUCAAGGAUGGCCGAACAGUCACCAGAAGUUGGUUAGUAGAACAGCGUAUUGUCGAUUAUUGUGAAGGAAAAUUCUCUGCAACAUCAGCGUAAUUCAGUGCUUGUUAACUUUGAUCCAAAGUAGAACAAGUCCUUUUAUAGGUCCCUACUUCAGUGUUUGUUUUAAAACACAUUAAACUUUUGUUGUCGCGUGGCGCAUGCCUCAUUCUCAUUUCAAAGUGGCACACGGUGUUGGUGACGCUGGUGAGGAAGGAUUUGCUAGUUUGCUGUCUUUGAUCAGUUUCCAAUCUUUGACUAAUAAAAUGCAAACUCAGAGCUGUAUACUGUGAGAAGCAUCGUACAAACAGCGAACAGAGAUCAGACUCUGCGACGAGUGGUCGCUUACAAGAUGUUAAAAACAAUAUAAAACCGUCAACCUCAACAAGUGGACACGGUCGCUUAGAGAAGGUUGUCAAUUACGAGAGGUUCCACAUGUAAGGCUUUGUACUGGUGUUUUGGAUAAAUGGUCGCUUAUUGGAGUUGGUCGCACAUGGAGGUCGACUGUAUAGUACCUCAUACAACGCUCAUAUGUAACAGAAUAUCAUAGUUCAGUUGAAUACUCGGCCCCUUCUCCUCUUAUUUGAUGAUAAGGGGCCGACGGUCUACGGUGCUGUUAACGCAGAGCCAACGACUGUACAGUGUUUUUUGGACCCGUGUCACAAGGGGAGAUACAUAUCUAAGGUGGUUAACAUUUAUGACCUAUAAGAAAAACAAGAUAAGAAAUUUUCAUGGAGGUAAAACAUCAAGAGAAACACCCUCUGAGAGACCUUUUGCCUAACUGAAGGUCACAGAAUACAAUCUAAGAUACAAAUCUAGUCACUGGCCGAAAUUAAACACGGAUCAAGUGAAGAACUCCUAUGUUAAUCGACUAAUCUUUAAAUAAUGGCCUAGCUUUGCUAUUGUUUAAAUAUAAUUUAGCUCUGUAAUUAUUACAAUGUAACUUAGUUCAAAAUUGGAAGUUUUGUAACAUAAGAUAUGUAGUUUAAAUCUUUUGAAUUAAUAAAGACUAUUAUUAUUAUUAAUUUAUUAUUAUUAUUUUUAAUUAUUUUAUUAUUAUUAUUAUUUUUUGUAGUUAACAUCAAACAAAAUUCUUUUCCUCCUCCUCCUCCUCUUCCUCCUUCUUCUACUAUUGUUAAACUGAUUUUUUAACACUUUCAGAUUUAAUUCCAGCCUAUGUGCGAGCUAGGGGAGAAAAAGCACUUGCUGCUUAUCACAGGGCCCUAGCGACUGGUGGUAGCACAUGUGACAAACGUGUCAAAGUUUUGCUCGUUGGGCAGGACCGUGUAGGCAAAACGAGUCUUGGUAAAGCUCUAAGAGGUGAACCUUUUAAUGAGGCCGAACUCAGUACUGAUGGAGUGCAAAUGAUCCCUGCGGUUAAGAAUGCUGGAACAGGUGCGUGGAGAAAUCCAGCUUCUCUUGAGCACACGACAGUAUUUGAUCAUAAGAUUGCUGCAAAGACCGCUAAGGAUUUAUUAAGGACAAGUGCGGAGGAGCCAGCAAAGGAACUACCAACAGAAGCCCUGGAACAAAAAAGAGUUGAUGGUAACUUCAGUAAAUAUAAUAUUAUAUUGCUAUUAUUGUUGAGAGCAUGAAAACUGAAGUUUCUGUAAAGAAAUAAGACCUUUUCGGAUGCAGGAAGUCGAGUCAAACCAGACUGCUGGUUGGAAUCUUUC